AAAUUACAAACCGGAAGAGGUACAAAUGGUUACAACAGAAAGCGAAUAACUCAGGUGGCAGAGUUUUCGUUGUAUGCGACUAAUGACAACGGUUCAUUGGGAUCAACAAUGGAAAUCGAAAAGAGUAACGGUGGGCCGAGCCGCUUUGAGACCGUGGAGAUUGAGUCCAGUCAUCCGAGGGUGAAGCUUCCCCGCAGGACCAUUCACUUUGCCAACGGAGACACCAUGGAGGAAUUUAGCACCGAUGAAGAGGAGGAAGAGGAGGCACGUGUGAAGAAAGAUGUCAUUACAGUCGAUCCGUCCAAACUGACCUGGGGUCCUUACUUCUGGUUCUACAUGUGGAGAAUGGCCACCUCCACUGUCUCAGUGUGUGACUACAUGGGAGAGAGACUGGCCUCUCUGUUUGGCGUCACCACUCCUAAGUACCAGUAUGCUAUUGAUGAGUACUACCGCAUUAAGAAAGAGGAGGAGGAGGAAGAGGAGGAGAACCGUCUCGCUGAAGAGGCUGAUCGUGCAUUUGCAAUCCAGCGACGAGGCGAGCAGGAAAAUUCAGCAGCUGCGGUGAAGGAGCAGCCCGAGUCUUCCGGCGCAUCCUUCGUUAACGUUAGCUUCGAGGUUGAGCCUGAGCCUUCAGUCGGGAGUCAAGACCCCAACAGAGUCCCGUCUCCCCUCCCCUCCUGAAAGCCGACACACAUUUAAACUUUAACGUACUCAGCUGCAUAAACUAAAAAUAGUUUUGUGUUUUAUCUUUAUAAAGGGAUUAUUUUAUCAUAACACAGUGAGAAGAAUGAAAAAGGUGGGAGGAAGCGUUUGUGUUGUGAAAAUAAUGUGUGUGCAGCGUGUGAUCCAUGUUGAACUUAGAAUUUCACUAUCUGUGACAUUCUGGCUGUCAUUUGCUUUAAGCUGACAUCACGUUUGAUGAUUUAAACACUGGAUUUACUUAUGAAUAAGUUUAAACAGGUGAGGCGAUCUGCUCCUGACUGGAAGAGUUUUAGCUUUAAACCGAAGCCAUCGCCGCCUGGAUGUUGGAAACGGGAUCUUUGAGUUUAUGGUUUUCAGGAUGAGGAACUUGUGGAACCAGUCUGAACAAUACUUGGUCAGUUUGGUGACUCAGUCCACGCCUUUGGGCUCUUCCUGUUUCUGAGUAAGCGAGUGUCGUGUUUAGGUGUUUGCCUUGUGCCAAAGUAUCCAGAGGAAUGUCAGAACCCAGAUUUUUCCCAGCAAAAUAUUCCAGCAUGAUGAUAUUUCAUCUUCUCUGAACGUAGAAACGCACAAAAGCUUUAAGAGCAAGUCACCCCAUACCAGAUUCUUACUCCACUCCCACUUCCUGUUUGAAAAAUGCAACAAAUGCUGUUGCCUAGCAGGCCGAGGGGGCGGAGCCACUAACAAAUACACACACACACGCUCACAACAUUGUGACAUCUUAUGGUACCAGCUAACGUUCUAGGGUACCUCUUAGCCAAUAGCGAUGGCAGAUAUAAAUUCAAAUGCAGUGCAGAGUUUUUAUCUGACGACGGCACAACACUGACAGUUUUAGGCAGAAAAUUACAAUUUUAACUAAAAUGCAUUUAAGUGCAAAACUAUUGACUACACGUGUCUGCAGCACGAUUAGACACACAUUUAUGUAGUUUAUCAGAAGAAAAAUGUUGAUUUGGGGGUGACUUGCUCUUCAGAGAAGUUGUGAAGACUCCUUGAAGGAGCUGAUUGAAUGUUUACUCCGAUGAAUCUGGAGAAAAUAUAUAGUAGAUGAUAAACGUGUCUCAAUUUAAAGAGAAAGUCACUCCAGAUCAACAGUUUUUUCCUGAUAAACUAAAUAAACGAGUGUCUGAUCGUGCUGCAGACACGUGUAGUCAAUAAUUCGGCACUUUAGUGCAUCUUAGUUAAAAUUUAAACAUUCUGCCUAAAACUGUCAGUGUUGCACUGUCGUCAGGUAAAAACUGCACUACAUUUGAAUUUAAGUCUGGCGUCGCUAUUGGCUAAGAGGUACCCUAUGGUGUUAGAUGGUACAAUAUGAUGUCACAAUGUCGUGAGCGUGUGUAUUUGUUAGCGGCUCUGCCCUCUCGGUCUGCUAGGCAACGGCAUUUUUUGCAUUUUUCAAACAGGAAGUGGGAGUGGAGUUACUCUGGUAGGGGUUGACUUGCUCUUUAAAAGUAAAAAACAAACUGUAAAUACCGGUAGCACAAAAAAGGUCCAGUUCAGGUUUGAAUCAGAUUCCAAACUGCUGACUUCAUCAGCUGUAAAUAAACAGUCCAAUAAAUAAAAAUAAAGCCUCUGCAUAGCGACAACUAAAUGUUACAGAAGAGCUCAUUGUCAGAAAACCUAACAUAAGCAACAAGUUUAACCAUUUAAAAAUCUGGUCAGUCUUUUUAAAUGUAUUUAUCUUCAUUUUUAAUAAAUUUUUAAAUAUUCAAAA